AUGGCUACCCCUAGUGUCCUAGCUUUUGACGCUGAGGGUCGCGCCAUUGACUUUGAGGUCUGGGUCGACGACCUGCAGCUGUUCUUACAGUGCGAUAGGGCAGACGGUCUUUCUCUCUUUGACCUCACCUCUGGCGCCGUCCCUGCCCCUGCUGCUGAUGCUGACGCCACUGUUCGCUCACAGUGGGCCACACGCGAUGCUGCUGCACGUCUUGCUGUGCGUCGCCACCUGCCUACCGCUGAGCGCGCGCACUUUAGCCAGUACAAGAGUGCCCAGACCUUGUACGACGCUGUAGUUGCACGCUACUCCUCCCCUGCCACUGCUGCACUGAGCCGCCUCAUGCUACCCUUCCUCUUCCCUGACCUUGCCGCCUUUCCCACUGUCGCUGAUCUCAUCACGCACCUCCGCACUAUCACUCGCCUCCCUGACUCCCUUCGUGUAGUCCGGGACCACUUCCUCGCUGUCUGUCCCACCACCCCCACAGUCGAUAGCCUCGAGAAGGCCCUCCUAGCGGCGGAGAAGAGCAUAGUCGCUGUAGGAGCCUCUCGAGGUGACCCCCGCGCCCCCAUCUUUGAGGGGUGUUCUCCUUCCCCUCUCUUGCCCUCUAUCGCCUCUGAAGCUGCGGCCGACCUCGUUGGUCUUGAGUCGGUCGGUGCCGCGUCUGCCCCUAGCGAGAGACGCCGCUCUGGCAAGGGCAAGGGGGGCAAGGGAGCGGGUGGGGCCAGCGGGGGUGGUGGAGGUGGAGGUGGAGGCAGCGGAGGGAGUGGGGGUGGCGGUGGAGGUGGUGGCGGGGGUGGGGGUGCUAGUGGCGACAGUGGAGGCGGGAGUGGCGGCGUCGGUGGCGGUGGGAGCAGAGGUAGCGGAGGCGGCAGCGGUGGAGGCGGAGGCGUGGGCGGUGGAGGCGGAGGCGUGGGCGGUGGAGGCGGAGGCGGGGGUGGCGGUGGUGGAGGUGGUCGGAGUGGCGCUUCGCAGCGGAGCAGCACUGGGGGUGGUCAGCGCCAGCAGCAGCAGCAGCAGCGUUCUCGCGACGUCCCCACCCCUCAGCAGCUCCGUGAGUGGUACACGCAGCGUCAGCGUGGUGGGGGUUUUGGUCCCUGCACCUGCGUUCUUCGCACUGGCGACCGCGCUGGAGAGCAGUGUGGGGGUACCCACACCGCCCAGCGCUGCUUUGGCCGCCUGACGGACGCUUGGCGCCAGCAGUUCCCGGAGGCCGCGGAGAUCCCCCGCUGGGGAGAGCUGUCCGGUCUUGUGUAG